ACGAUGCGAAGUACGCUGCUGGCUUCAAAUAUUUUAUUGGUUUUCCGUGUUAACAGUGUAUGACAUUGUCCGUUCGAAAGAUAUAAAAUGGCUUGAUGAACAUACUUCAAAUUGUGUCACAAUGACUCUAUUGCAGAAACACAAUUCAAACUUUCAGAUGUGUCGUGGAUUAGUUUCUGUUAUUUUUCAAUUUAAAAAGAACAAGUUAUUUUUGUUCAUUUUGGGCUUGUGCACUUUCAUUUUAAUUCUGUUAUAUGAAGUUGCGAAACGGGAUAAAACAUUGGCUAUUUUAGGGGAUCACUUGUCUCGGUUCCAAAGCAAAUCUGUUAGGAGACACUUGACAGAGAGUUCAGACAUGGAUCUGGGCGUGUUUGGUGGGGAAGACCAGCUAGUGAUCUACAACCGAGUACCAAAGACAGGAAGUACCUCGUUUGCAGGCAUUGCCUACGAGCUUUGUUACCGCAACAAGUACCAUGUGCUUCAUGUGAACAUCUCGAGAAAUGCUCAUACCAUGUCCAUUCCUGAUCAGAUGCGUUUUAUACAGAAUAUUACAGAAUGGUAUGAGAAAAGACCAGCUAUAUAUCACGGCCAUUUCUACUAUAUCAACUUCCAAAAGCUGGGUUACAAUGACCGCCUUCCAGUGUACAUCAACAUCAUCAGAAAGCCCCUUGAACGCCUUCUGUCCUACUAUUACUUUGUGCGAUAUGGGGACAACUUCCGCCCACACAUUAAACGAAGAAAGAUGGGAAAUGAUAUGACAUUUGAUGAUUGUGUGGAGCAGGGCCAUAAGGACUGUGAUCCUGUCAACCUCUGGCUACAGAUUCCGUUCUUCUGUGGACACUCAUACAGGUGCAGGCAGCCUGGCAGUAGAUGGGCCCUGGAACAAGCAAAGUAUAACCUGAUUAAUAACUAUCUCCUGGUUGGGGUCACUGAAGAGCUAGGGGACUUUAUCGCAAUGUUGGAAGUGAUGCUGCCUCGCUUUUUCAAGGGAGCAAUGGAUCUCUAUAUCAAUGGGGAGAGGUCACAUUUACGGAAAACAAACAAAAAAGAUAACCCUAGCAAGUCUUCCAUAGCAAAAAUUGAGGAAUCAGCAAUAUGGAAAAUGGAACACGAGUUUUAUGAGUUUGCAUUAGAUCAUUUUCGAUUUCAAAAAAGAUUGACGUUCGCUGCAGUGGAUACUUUAGACCCUGAAACUGCUGCAGACUUGCAGAAUCAGCAAAGCUUUUUGCUGUCUGAUGGGCGACUCUAUGUUCCUAAAGGGUUACAGUUUCAUUAUGAAAAAGUUCGUCCAGACAUGCCAGGCUGAUGGAAAGAUUAACGGUUCUUUACAGUGUUAAAGUGACAUGAUCUUCCCAUCUGGAGACAAGUGAUAAUGACUGUGAUGUACAAAAUGCCUGGUGAAGAAGAUAAGUCCAAGUUUGACAUUGACCAAGUACAAGUACUUGUUGAUUGUUUUGACCUGAUAUUUUUCCAUAUUGUAAUGCUGAUAUUCAAUACUCUGCUAGACAGUUGAAAUGCAAGCAUUAUUAUGAAACUGCUGAAUGUUCGAAUUAAGCCUAGUUAUAUCAUUUUUGUUAUUAACAAUUGUUAAACAGCUUUAGUUAUGUUAAUCAAACGAGACAUUUUCAUAAAUGUUUAGAUAUAUGAUACAAUGUUGAAUGCAAUGUGUGUGUGUGCGUGCGUGCGUGCUUGCAUGUGUGUGUGUGUGCGUGAAGUCUUGGUUGGUGUUCAUAGAACACCUUUAGUCAUUUCUUAUCUUAAGUCAAUUUCCUCAAAUUUUCAUAGUCAAAUUAAAAGAAAAGUACAAGUAGUUCUAACAUAGUAGUUUGUAUAUGCAAUCAAAUUAAUGAAGAUAAUAUACUUCAGAUAUAAAUUAGUUAUAAUGUCAUAAAAUGAAUGAGAUGCUUAAUUGUAAAAAACGAUUUAAUUAAGGAAUGACUUAAGAUGUUUUAUGAAAUUCAGCCCUGAUCUAGUUUAUUUUCAAACUAGAAUAUAAGUAUUUGUAUAUAAAGUCUUCAUACACAAGACUCUUUCAUUUUUAGCUUGUCUGAUUUUCAUGAAAAAAUGUCAAGCAUUGUCAUAGCUUUGAUGUCAGAGGUAUUAUGCUAACAUUUGGCCAUAGUUUACACCAAACUAUGUUCACUGUUGCAACUGACAAUACGCAUAUCAUUGCAAGGCCCAUAACUCUGCCUUUAAUAAUUGCUGAGUUUUGCCUUUCGCCCAACUGAACAUAAACAUUAGACAAACAUUGGCCUCCCCUGUGUGCUCUCAUUAAUAAUCAAUUAAGCCCCCGCUUGGGGUGCUCUUGCUGAUAAUCCAUUGGUUCCUGCUUUGGAUGCUCCCAUUAAUAACCCAAUGGGCCCCACUUAGGGUGCUCUCUCUGAUAACCCAAUGGGCCCCACUUAGGGUGCUCUCUCUGAUAACCCAAUGGGCCCCACUUAGGGUGCUCUCUCUGAUAACCCAAUGGGCCCCACUUAGGGUGCUCUCUCUGAUAACCCAAUGGGCCCCACUUAGGGUGCUCUCUCUGAUAACCCAAUGGGCCCCACUUAGGGUGCUCUCUCUGAUAACCCAAUGGGCCCCACUUAGGGUGCUCUCUCUGAUAACCCAAUGGGCCCCACUUAGGGUGCUCUCUCUGAUAACCCAAUGGGCCCCACUUAGGGUGCUCUCUCUGAUAACCCAAUGGGCCCCACUUAGGGAGCUCUUACUGAUAAUCACUUGAUCCCCGCUUAGGGUGCUCUCACUGAUAACCCAUUGGUCCCAACUUGGGGUGCUCUUUUUGUUAUCCAUUUGUCUCAGCUUGUGGUGCUCUCGCUGAUAACCAAUUGGUCCCCGGCUUGGGGUGCUCUCUCUGAUAACCCAUUGGUCCCCUGCUUGGGGUCCUCUCUCUUAUAACCCAUUGGUCCUGGGCUUGGGGUCCUCUCUCUGAUAACAAAUUGGUUCUCUGCUUGGGGUGCUCUCAUUGAUAACCCAUUGGUCCCCUGCUUGGGGUCCUCUCUCUGAUAACAUAUUGGUCCUCUGCUUGGGGUGCUCUCAUUGAUAACCCAUUGGUCCCCUGCUUGGGGUCCUCUCUCUGAUGACAUAUUGGUCCUCUGCUUGGGGUGCUCUCAUUGAUAACCCAUUGGUCCCCUGCUUGGGAUCCUGUCACUGAUAAACUAUUUGUCCCCUGCUUGGGGUCCUCUCUCUGAUAACCCAUUGGUCCCAUGCUUGGGUUCCUCUCUCUGAUAACACAUUGGUCCUCUGCUUGGGGUGCUCUCUCUGAUAACAUAUUGGUCCCCUGCUUGGGGUGUUCUCUCUGAUAACCCAUUGGUCCCCUGCCUGAGGUUUUCUCUCUGAUAACCCAUUGGUCCUCUGCUUGGGGACCUCUCUGUGAUAACACAUUGGUCCUCUGACUGGGGUGCUUUCAUUGAUAACCCAUUGGUCCCCUGCUUGGGGUCUUCUCUCUGAUACUGUGAAAUCAUUAAUGUUCGUGGGCAUGAAAUUUUGUGGUUUGCCGAAAAAAAAAACAAUUUCGUGGGUACCGUGAUUUCCGUCUUCUACGUCACUCGGUUUAUGACACUCGCUAAUAUGGUACGACAUGCCAAUUAGUGCAUAUACCCAUGUCACUUAUCUAUUUAAUUGGGAAUAAAGGUAAUAAAAGAAGAUGUACCCUGAUCAUAAAUACAGAUAGGGGAAGCCAUUGAAUGCCAAUUAAGAAUUUUGCAAACUGUGAAAACACCGAAAAGGUGCGUAUAUUGUCACGUUCGGUGCUUAGUAACCUUCAAUGUACUAGUAAUCGAUUAAUUAUUUCAUUAAAUAAAAAAAUCGAGUAUGGACACUCAUCACGCACAUCUUGUAAACUUGGAGAUUUUCAUUAACAGCACACGUUUAACCACAUGCUUAUAACUGUCAUUUGCUGCAUAAAACACAUUUAAUUGAUUUGGUUCAUUAUCUGUAAAAGGCAGUUAUAAUAUAUUAACAGAAUAAUGAUCGUAAGUUAUACAGUGAGACAGGUUUUAACACUGUAAACUGCGACCUCUGUAAAGAAUAUACUAGAGUAUGUACGUAACAAGGCAAUUGAAAAGUGAAUAAAGGGUUUAUAUUUCGUGGGAUCUUGAAUUCGUGGAUCACCCAACCCACGAAAACCACGAACAUUAAUGCCCCACGAACAUUAAUGAUUUCACAGUAACCCAUUGGUCCUCUGCUUGGGGUCUUCUCUCUAAUAACCUAUUGGUUCCCACUUGGGGUGCUCUGUUUGUUAUCCAUUUGUCUCAGCUUGUGGUGCUCUGGCUGAUAACCCAUUGGUCCCCGGCUUGGGGUGCUCUCGCUGAUAACAAAUUGGUCCCCGGCUUGUGGUUCUCUGGCUGAUAACCCAUUGGUCCCCGGCUUGGUGUGUUCUCACUGAUAACCAAUUGGUCCCCGGCUUGGGGUGCUCUCGCUGAUAACCCAUUGGUCUCAGCUUAGGGUGCUCAUGUUGAUAAUCACAUUCCGAAUGUAAUGUUUGAUAAUAGUCAUAUUAGUAUUAACGUUUUUCAUGAGUCUUUUGAAGGAAAUUUUCUUUAUGAGAACCAUGAUUUACUAUUUUACAGAUAGAUAAUUUUAUAUAUAUAUUUAUAUAUAAACAUAGGUGAGCUUUAGAAAAACAUACGAGUAGUUGUUUGGUUGUCAUAUUGUAUAUAUAUAUAGGAAACUAGUGCAGUGAGAAUUAUUCAGAUCAGGGAAUUGUCAUGUAGUUGUUUAUAGUGAUUCUAUUUGACUACUGUAUUAUAAUAGACUGUUUUAAGUCUUUAUAAAGUAGUCAGAAUCAGUCAAGACUGUAUUGAAAUAUGAUGACAUAGAGGAUAAUUGUUUGUACAUGUAUGUAAGACAUUCUGAUCUUACACUGAAACAAACAAUUAUUCUCUUUAAUAUAUCUAUAUAUUUCACUGUGAGUGGCCAUGAGUGAAUGAACCCAUAUUUACUUUUGGUCUUGACGGGCUGAAAUAUAUUGCAAUCUUGCAUUGAAACAAACAAUUUUAUUGUAAAACUUGCUUAAAACUUUUCAAAAAUUACAAUAAAUUGAUAUUUAAUUGAAAAAUCAUGUCAAAAUUUAGCCAAAUGAUGUCAUACCAGUAGUUUUGUUGUUGAUUUUCUUUCUAGCACUGUGUUCAUUUACUUUUUCAUUUUUCAGGGGCUAAGAAAGAUAAAAAGGGAAAUUAUAUUUUUAUGUACUCAGUGUUUCAAUUAUGACUUUAUCAGGAUAUAAUCCUCUGGAUUUUUUCCAAUAAACCACUGAAAUGCAUGAAAUCAAUACUAGAUAUUUUUCUAGUACAUUAUUUUUCAAAAAUGGUCCACGUAAUAUGAAUAAAAUAGUGCAUUAUUUGUGUUGUGUAAUUACAUGGACAUUACCAAAUUUUCCUUUGGAUAAUAUGCUAGGAUAAAUAAUAUGUAGAGGAAAAAUAUUGAGAAAAAAUGGGUAAAAUCUCUUAAUACUAUGGUAUGUUUAUUACACUGUGUAACACAGGAAAAAACGAAACUGAAACGAUUUAUUUAAUGUAAUAAAUUUGAUCUAGUAGAUAGGUAAAUGAGGAAAUAGUUUGUCAUUUUCUGAAAAUUCUAACUGCAAACUAUAUAUCGUUAAAUUUAUUAUUAAUAUAAACUGUUGCAGAUAUAGUUCUUUAAUUGUUUUAUGUUUAUAAUUUGAUGUAGUGUUUUGCUGAGGUCAUGCACCGAGAAAAACAAAACAGGCAUAUCAUUCUUAAGUAUUAUGAUUUAUUUUCAAACGAAAUUAAAUCAAGUAUAAUUUGAAAACAAUGUAUUACCUCAUAACAAGAAACUAAUUGUCACUUUUCUCGACAGAACAUGUAUAUAUUACUUUUGUAUAUUUUGUAAAAAAUGUUAAGAUCUGUAACGAUGCUUGUACCAUGUAAAGGAUAGGGCUUUGAAGCAAGGGUAAAUAUAGAAGGUCAAAGAAUAACAUCUUUGUGUAAAAUAUCACGGACAUAUUAUUAACAAUCUAUAACAAUAUGCUCAUGUACUUUUUCAACUUUUGAGUUUAAAAAAAGCAAAAAUAGCUAAAUGAAUGAGACAAAAACACUUUGCAAGUUUCAUAGCAAUACUCAAUAGUCAUAAUAGUGGUGUUCUGCCAGUGACUGUUGUCAAUGAAAUAUAUAGAUUUAUAGUGUAAUGAAAUAGUUUAUUUUGUGAAUCACAUGUCAAUGAUUGUAUGCUUUUCUGUGUAGUCGUUUGUUACCUCGACUAUUCAAAGAACAAGAAGGGCUCUCUACUCGCCUCUGUGUAGCAUUGGCGUCUGUGUCUUGAAUGACUUAAUCGGUCAAGGUUGUAGAACAAGUUAUUAUUUUUAGUCUUAUCUCAAAGAAUGUUCAUUCAAUUGACUUGAUACUUCACACUGUUGUUCAGGGGCAUGAGACAUUUAAGUGAAAUGGCUCUAUUUGAUCCUAAAUAUAAAUUAUGGCCCCUGAUUGACUUAGAAAAAUGGUGUAUCUUUAAAGGGACUGUACACCAGAUUGACACCAAAAAAAGUUUUUUUCUGUAACAAAUCUCAGGACAUUUAUUUAAUAAAAUGUUUUACUCUUUGAUAUCAUAAUUGUAAAAAAAAAUUACCAAAAUUUAAAAAAAAAGAAGUCGAAGGCCGGGUUCAAACUAGUGUCACCAAAAUUGCAGUCCAGUGUUGCAUCCACUGUGCUAUGAAGGCUUACUUAAAUGGUUGGAAUAUUUAAGCUAUAUACCUAACUUGGUAAUAUCACAUGAUAACAUCGACUAGCCAAUCACAUAUAAGGAACGAAUCUUAGGUAGACAUACCUAGUAGUCUUUUUAAUGGAAAAAUACAAAAAAAGUUUGAAAAAUGAAUUGAUUGUAAACUAUGUGGUACUUCAGUUAGUAAGUUUCAAUGCAUUGUACACUUCGAUACCAAGUUUAUUUUUUUUUAGCUUUUCAUCAUACGGAGUACAGCCCCUUUAAGGCAUAUUCUUUUUUUAUACUACCUCAAAAACUGUUCAUUCAAUUGACUUGAUACCUCACACAAAUAUCCAGUUCCAUCAAACACUUAGUUAAACAACAACAAAGUUAGACAACUCAGUAUGAUCCUAAAUACAAAUUAUUACCCCUGAUUGACUUAAAAAGUUUGGUGAAUUAUCGGCAUGUUGGGGCUUUGAAUCAUAUCUCAUAUCAUAUCUGGUUUAUGCUAUUUACAUUACAGCGAACCUUAGUGUUCAAGGCCGCAAGACAUUUACGUUAGUUACUUCAGUAUGACCCUAGAAACAAGUCGUAGUCGAGCACGCUGUCUUAUGAUACUGUUACUUCCAUGCCUGUCAUUGUAUGUAUUUCUAAUGAGGUAUUUCGCACGAUACGCAGACAUCCAUGUCUGUCAUUGUUUGCUUUUCUGUUAAGUCAUUUCUUAUUUUACUGUAGCUUCUCAUUAUUUUGCCAAAGCUUCCCAAAAAUAUUUACUUAAUAACUUACUUUACUCAUUAUUUCUUAAGUUAUAACUCAAUAACUUACUCAGCACAUUUUACCUCAAGGUAUUACUUGAUAUCUAACUCAGCUAAUUUUAGCAUAGUACUCAUUAGCAUGGUAUGAAAUCUUAUUAUUAUUUUUCUGCUGGAAUUGCAUUUUCCUACAACUAAUGUCGAUAUAAACAAAUUGUACAAUACUUUUGAUAAAAAAUAUUAUAGAGCAAGAAAUUUAAUUAAGUAAUUACUGACAAAUUUCAAGUUAAACUCAACUGUUUAUUGGAUAUUUUAUUGCUUUAUUUAGAUAGUGCACAGCUAGUACACACAUUUUGGCUAAACAAAUAUUAAGAAAUUAAUCAUAAUAUGUAAAGAGUUUCUUAAACAUAACUGAAAGAAAUUAAAAUAGUGGGAAUUGAGUAAAUACUUAGGAAUCAAGACUUUAUUAAGACCCUCCAUGACUUUCACAUAUCUUUUUAACUGCCACAUUGCUAUUGGACUUUCACAUUUCUAUUUUUCACAUUUCUAUUGAACUUUCACAUUGCUAUUGAACUUCCACAUUGCUAUUUAACUUUGAUAUUGCUGUCAAACUUUCAUAUUGCCAUUCAAAUUUCACAUUGCUAUUCAACUUUCAUAUUGCCAUUCAAAUUUCACAUUGCUAUUCAACUUUCUCAUUUCUAUUGAACUUUCACAUUGCUAUUGAACUGUUCCAUUUUUCAACUUAAAAUUUGAGAGAGAAAAAAAUGUCAUGAUGAUAACUUAUGUACAAAAGUUUUAAAUAAUUGUGUAACAUGUGUUUUACACUAUAUAAUUCAGAUCAAGUUCUGCUUUGAUUUCAAUCCACUCAAUCAUUUGACAGGGUUAUGCCCCUUUUAAUUAGUUUUUGGUACAUAGGUUUGGAACAUGGGUUUAACACCAUAUGGUAAUAUGUUCAUGUGAUUAUUUCCAAAUGAAAAAAAGUUUACCGUUCUUUUGUCAGAAUGCAUUUAGGGGUAUUCAUAAUUCCUGUGACAACUCUAGUUUUUUAAUGUUUGAAUCAUGUUGUCGAAAAUACCUUUAAACUUAAGUCAAUGGAAUAAACAGUGCAAAAAUGCACCAAAAUGUAACAAUACUGAAAUGGAAAAUAAUGCAAUUUAUUCAGAAUAUUAUUUUGACAUUUCGAGUCUGACAGUGUAAUAUUUAAAUCUGUAGCUUUUAGAAGAUAUUUUUGAUACAGUAAAGGAUUGUAUACUUCACAUUGAAGGACUAAAGUCUUUGACAGUAAACAAUUUCAGGCCCUUGUAUGUAUAAGUUGAUCUUAUGAAAGACUGACAGGAUUUUGAUUUUAAACAUAUCGAUGUCAAAUAGAAUAGAUACAUUUUACAUGCAUGUUAUUGCUUUUUGUUCCACAUUUGUGUUUUAAUUGCAUUUAACAUGUUACUAUGUAGUUUAUACAUCCUCAUGUUUACCUAAAGUAACAGUGUAAGUACGUGAAAUAAAGUUCGCAAUAUA